UGUUGAGGUACUCUCACGUACCGUUUCGAUCUCUAGGAACUUGUUCCUCCUUCCCUCCCGAGCGAGCGCAGAACCCACCAGUGUGUUCCUCUCUGCUGCCAACCCUAGCAGCUGCCCACCCUGCCGCCAUCCCGCCCCCGCCGCUCGCCCCUCGCAUCUCUGCCGAAGCCGUGGACCGCCACUAUCCUUGCCCCCUAGCUCAAGAUCAUUUUUUGAACAGGCUUCAGGCUGCCUUCUUGGGCUGCCAGCCCAUGCAGCCGGAGCUGGAGCUGCCGAACGCUUCUUGCUCCCUCGUGAAGCCGGCUAGCGCUGGCACAGCGAGCUUCCGAGAAUCCGAACGGGGCCUUACUUCCGAGAAUACCUGCUUUUACCUUUUUGCUAGUGGAGUUGAUUGAUCGAAACAACAGAGAUAUCUCUCUGUUCGCCUGGAUCGCCUCCAACCUAUCUGGUACUAGUAGUGCAGCAGCGCAAAACCAGCACCAACGCCGGCGGCCGGCGCCACAUACGGCCAAGGCGCAGCCCACACGCCCCCUUCUUGCCCCACUAUCCCGCCUAGCCCGUGUUCCUCUCCGUCCCCGGCUGCACCCCUCUGUCCUCCCGCGAUCGACGCCCGUAAGCACCCCUGUGUCCGCCCGGACAGCCGCAGCGCCACAAGAACAUUCUUUCAGUCAAUUAUACAUUGUUCAGUAGUUCUUGAGGUGCACCAUGGAAAUUAUCAUCCUCAUAUCACUUGUUGUGCUUCUUGUGCUGGGAGCACUCAUUGUUAUCCCUAGAUCCAAAAACAAAGGUGAAGGAAAGGAUGCACGUUCAGGGGGAAAUCGAACGACAUCUACGAGCUAUACAAAGAAAGAGGUGUCAACUCACAACACAAGGAAGGAUUGUUGGAUCAUAAUCAAGGACAAGGUUUAUGAUGUAACUCCAUACGUGGAGGAACAUCCAGGUGGUGAUGCCAUUCUAAACAAUGCUGGCAGCGAUUCGACAGAGGGAUUUUUCGGCCCGCAGCAUGGCACACGAGUCUUCGACAUCAUCGAGGAUUUCUGCAUCGGCAAAUUGGAAGACUGAUGAGGAGGAGGAGAGGCCGUAAAAGCUCCCAAGUGUGAACCCAUGCGCUCGUCUGCAAUUUCCUGAAGAUGAUGACAACGAACAAAACCGUUUCCUAAUCGUGAUGAGGACUGCUCCAGGGCCCCCAGCUGUGUGGUUCUGAUUUCAUGUUUGACCUCCUGCUUAUUCAUACUAGUAGCAGUGUGUGACUGGACCCUGGACUAUUUCCGUGUCCUGAAUGUUUUCCGAGAUUUAUCUCUUCAUUCCAGAAGAUACAUUUCUCAGAUUUAUUUAUGGAACUUUCUCAGAGCAGACAAGGAACCGGGCCAACCUUUUCGUA